CAACAAAAUAACUCAACUAAAUGGAGCAACAUAUCGAGGAAACAAAAGCCACCAUCCGAGGUCAUCGAUCACGAGGAACAUUCGCAGAAGGCCAUGAGUUCAUCAGGGCCCUGCCCGAAGAGAUCCGGUCUCUCCCGAGCGUUACAAUCGAAAUUGCCCAACUUUACCUGGUUCAGGGUCGGUACACGCUGGCCGCAAAAACAUGUGGAGAUCAACUAUCGGCCUCUGGCGAGGAGCGUGCUGUUCUUGACCUUCUGCAGGCUUUCAUCGGCAUUGGGAGAUACUCGAAGCUCCGGACCGCGCUGAGGAUUGCACAAGAGAUUGGAGAGGCGUGGCAUCUCACCGGCCGAGAUGAGGAAUCCAAGCUUUCCCAACAGCUGCAAGCCGUGACUAUCAAAGACCCGGAAGGGGAAGCUUCUCCGUUAACAGAAAACAGAGUUCUCAUGGUCCAUUGGUACUGGAAGAUCCAAGUGGUUGCCGGCGAGCAGGGACUGCUUCAUGAUAAACAGACCAAAGCUGCGGCUGUGGCCGGUCUGGCCCCUGUCCUGCGACAAGUCCUAUCAGAGGGUCGCUUUCGGGAAGCCAGGUUUCUCAUCUACUCCAAGGCACAUCUCCUGGAGGAUACCGACCAGGCGAUAGAGGAGCUGUGCGACUUCCUCGAGAACUUGACAGAUCCAGCAUUCAUCAUCGAAAGGGCUUUCACCCUGGUAGACUUGGCCGGCUUGCAGUUGAAGUCAAACAGCGAAGCUGUGCUAGCUCAAGCGGCGGAAAACUUCAAGCUCGCCAAAGAUAUAUUCACACAAUGUGGCCAUACAUUUGGUAAUAUCGACAUUGAUCUGCUUCAAAUCUCUGCCGACAAAACCAUCUCAGCGGGCGAAAGGUUUCUGGCCAAGACCAAGAUUGCCGAUCGUUACUUUGAAGUCCACCAGUAUCAAAACGGCAUCCGUUGCCUCGCGGUAGCCAUUUCACCGGACAUGAUCGUUGACACCUACUAUGAAGACGUCGUCAGGUCCCUUGAGCUGCUGGACCGGAUGAUCAACGAGUGUGGCAGCGAGAUAUUGAAGCAGUUAUCCCUGUUCCAUUCCGUCUGUCAAGCAAGUCUCAAGGCGCCAGAAUACGGAUUUGCCUUGCAGUCUCUGGAGUCCUAUUUCUGCAACGUACCAGAGGAGAUCAGCCCCAAGUUUCAUUCGUACAUGGGUGUCAUUCUGGGCUCGGUGUAUUCCAAGUUUGGGGAAACCGAAAAGGCCGUCCGGGUCACAAGGCAGGCUUUGGAGAUUUCCAUGUCAUGUGCGUCCUACGUUGACCAAUCUGAUGCAGCAACUCAGGUUGGGCAUCACAUGUUGAGCUUAGCUAGGGAACAUCCCGAAGGGUCGGAAGAGUUCAUGGAGAUGACCUCCUCUGCUGUGGACUUCCUGAAAGAAUGGGCAAACAAGGAUGCUGAGCACGGUCAUGCGGAUGGCGAGGCAUUGAAAUGUCUCUUCAUCGCCGAAUGGGCCAGCGACGGCCAAAGGUGGAUGGAACGGGUCAAGAAACACAUCCCUGAUUCAGCUGAUGCUCUGGCAAGGAUUCCGGUUGUGGAUUUGGAGCUGCGUCUUCUCAUGCGUCAAGGAAGAUUCUCCGAUGGCCUAGCACUCUCUACUCAACUUGUGGAACAGCUACAGAGGCUUACAGAUGUGCCGCCAUUCAAGAAGGCGCAGACACUUUUGAACGCUUGUAUUCAAGCCUUCGCUUGUGUUCAGAGUACAUUUCGUCAAGACAAAGCGUUGGCCCCUGAGGAAUCCCAGUCGGCCGUGAAGCUUCUUUGGGCCGCAUUGCAGCACUCGUACGAUGCUCUACAGUUAUACCGGCAAGCGAACGGGGUUGAGCUGGUCGUUGACUGCACCCUCUUUGUAUGGGAGAUCAUGAACUUGGCUGUACUGACAAUGCCGGAUGAUAGACGUCAUGGACUGCUUACCGCUUUCAUGGGGGAUAUGGGACAAACCGAAAGGCUUUGUGACAGCAUGAGGCAAAGCGUAUUGUCGGUUGCAGGACUCCAGAGUCUCAUGCAUAAGAGAUUUCUUGUGUCAAAGAAGGCCAGCCUCAAACUCUACAGUGUCGCAGUGGAGCUUGCUUUGAUAUUGAACGACCCAGCUGGCGCCUGGCUUUGGUUGCAGAAAGGAAAGGCUAGAGCAUUUGCCGAUGCCCUGGGUGCUGACUGCAUCCUCCCUCAGAGGCUCGUGGAUCAGAUCAACAAAGAUCACACCGCUUACGAACUCCUCAAGGCGGAGCAGAGCAUUCUCGAGCUUCUUCAGGAGUCCAACGUCAAUCAUGUUGUUGCCUCACGCCGGUUGGCAGCGUUGAAAAAGAAGAUGGAAGAACAUCCGCUCUUGGUCGAGGCCGCUAAGCUCAGAGGCCAGCUGUUGGAUUUGAACAUUGGAACUGAUGAGCUGAAACAAGCUCUGCAAGCAACAGGUCUCGCGGCUGACAGAGUCAAGUUUGUCGAUUGGCAUGUCCCUACGUUGGCCAACACUUCAAAUCAAAACAUUCGCCUCUUUGUACGUCAAUUGGAUGGCACCACCUACACGCAGCAACUGCCGCUCAGCAUUCAUCAAGUAAAAGAUUGGAUAGCCAAGACCCUUACAUAUCCCGAGAUGGCUACGCCACCACUGGCAAGAAAGACGGGAAACCAACUGCUCAAGAAGAUGAACGGCUUGGUUGAAGGUUUGCUUGAGUUUACAUCGGAAGGCGACUUGUUGAUCCUAUCGCCGUCUGGUCCCUUGAACAGCAUACCAUUGCAUGCACUGGAAGUUGGCAAGCAGCCCUUGGUUGAGAGGAAUCUUGUCGUGAACGCCUCCAGUGUUGCUACGCUCGGUCAGUGUCUGCUUCGGAUAUCACCAGCACCACCGACAGACAGACAGCCUCGACAAUCAUACGGCGCCAAGUAUUUUGCUGUGUACGAGGAACCUGACAGGUUACUGGAACGAGAACAGAUCUUUCACCAUAUCGAAUCACUCCCCGGAGCGUUUCCGGGUACUGUCGCCGUUGGGUCUCAGGUGACAAAGCCUCGUUUUCUCCAGGAGUGUGCAACCGCCAACUGGAUUCAUUAUCACGGCCAUGCUCGCUAUAGUAACCAGGACAUCCUAAAGUCAUCCCUGGUGCUCAGCGAUGGAAUAGACAUCCUCAGCCACGAUAGCAAUACCGGAAAUGGGGAUGGAGAUCUGACAGUCGACGCCGAGGCAGACCUUCUCGAGACGGUUGAAGCGGAAUACGAUGAUGACAACAAUGAUGGGGACGCUGUUGACAAUAGCGAAGGAAUAGACGAGCUCCUCGUCUCGGAGUUGUUCGAAGCCACACUCCCCCGAGGUGGCGUCCACUUCACCAUCAUUGCCUGUGACUCUGGCACGCAGGACAUUGCACCCGGUGAUGAACCGCUGGGAAUUAUACCGGCGCUGCUCUAUGCGGGCGCCACGUCUGUGCUGGGUUGCCAGUGGCCUAUCGACAGUCGGGCGGGGAGAGCCUUCAGUGAGGCGUUUUAUCAGGAGGUCGCGAGCAGACAGACUGGCGGAGCUGUCAACUUGGCCAGUGCUCUGAGGUCUACGGUGAUGAGAAUGAGAAGGGGGGAAUUGGGAGCAGAGUUUAAACAGGCGUAUUACUGGGCGCCAUUUGUGCUUCAUGGCCUGUGGCUUUUUCCAGCGGGUUAUCGAGCUCCUCCGCAAUAACGACCACCACGCCACCACCAGCGCCACCACCAGCGCCACCGCCAUCAAGAAAUCCAGCGUUGCUUUUGGUUUCCCACCAAGCUCAAGGUUGUGAAGAAAGGGGGCUUUGCUGUGCGCCGAACUCAAUACUUUGUGGCGGCCAAUGAAGAGUUGGCUGGCUUAAGCUCGGUUUCCUUCCUUUCGCAACACCAAGCUUUGCAAACACUUGUAGUCUGAUUCCGCAACAAAAUUGUACCAUUGACAAUCCUUGACCACCAAAUUCACUUUCUCUUUCCCCGCGCAGAAAGAUGGUCCGCAGAUCUCGUCGUCUUGCAGAGAAAAGCGAACGAGCUUUCCGCUGGGGAUCUCUCCGGUUCGUCACAUCUGUCUUGAAGUCGAACUAGAAAAGUACACAUGCAAGACAUUCGAAAGAAGAUAUCGGUGUGAAUUCAACGGCCCCUGUGUUUGGGACUAUAUCGCAACGAUCGAGCGAGCUAUGGGAGACCGGAAGAUCUCGGAGGGGUUGGCGCCAGAGCUCAACACAUAUUCGCCGAGCGAUUCCGCCGUCUGGAACACCUGAUACUUGAGCCCUGGCGACCAUGGUCGCACGGUGAAAUGCGGCCGUGGGACGAGUGUAUGUGUUCGCCUCAACGCUAGUCAACCGUAAUUAUCGCACACAUCAAUAUGCCAAUAUUGUUGCCAUAGACCUCAUCAGUCAUUUUAGGCAACUUCUCCCCCACACCCUAAAGAACAUUUCAGUGUUUGAACAUUUCAGCGACGAUGUCAUUCACUAUUUCAGGUUGCCUGUUCAGGUGGCAACCACGACGUCUGUGUGGUAGAUCCGGAGGGAAGCAAGCAUUAGAAAAGCGUGGACGAGGCCUGAGGCGUAGACAGUCACAUUUGGGAGUUGUUGGAGAGGUGUCUGUUUGGAGUCUUCAGUCUUGCUUGUUUGAGGCCUCAGGGGUCACUCCAUCUCAAGAGAAUUAUUGCCUGAUACUUUUGCCCUCGUGAGCAAGUUUCGUCAUGGGCUAUUGUCAUUAUUGAGUCACGGGCCCAAUGGCGGGCACCUUGAUGGUUUGAUGGUAGCAGAUACCUGAGGCAUCUUGUGGUAGCAGGUUGGGGUUGGUGAGCAUCUAGGUCGUCCAAGAGACAUGGGUAAAAAUGGCGAGGGAGGAAGCCAUUUCUACGAAGGCCGUGAUACUAUGUCUGAUUAAGGUAGGGAGGACUUUUCUGAGAUUUCAUUUUGGUAUGUGUGGCCUUUGUUUAUGUAGAUGUCUGUGGCCUUUGUGCUGCCGUCUGAUGUAUCCAAACAUCAGAGGAUGAUCCUCCCUGACCUCCAUACGACUCUCGCUUGCUCCCUGCUCGUCAAUAAAUGAAAUGACGUAGUCACCUGGGGGCUGACCGAUGUCGUUCCUGCCCUCGUUG